AAUAACAACACGACUCGCAACGCUAUUGGUCCAUUUCUUAACACAAUGACUCUUGUCACUGUGAUUGGUCGAAACAGUGCGCACGUGGAGAUGGAGGGAUUUCCGCAAAGAAUACAAGCAAAACAAGAGUGUAACCGGCAAACACUUCCGUCUUCGCUUUGCUCUUACAUUUUGACAUUAUCGAGUGAAGUGUGAAACCUAAACUUGUUUACAUCCCCGUAGUUUGUAUCAUUAAGUUAAUAUGUUUAAUUUCUUGAUUUUUUGCAUUAAAUAUAUGUUGAAUGCUUUCAUUAGACAUGUCCGUAUUAUAAAUUCCCCUUUGUAGUUGUCCUUUUGCUGUUUGUCCUUAUAGAUAGUACGUAACUAUCUUGAUAGUUAAACGGUGCAAAUGUAAUUUCAUUUAUUUAUUGCUUUCUUCAAUCUUUUUGCAACAAAUAGGCGGUGACCGCUUACAUUAGACUCGUUUUACGUAACUUACUAUGAUUUAUACUUCGUCGUUGUGCAACCGCUUGUGAUAUGAAUAGUGUAUUAUAUGUCUUGAUAAUUAACCAGAGCACACGUCAUCUCCGCUGUGAGCACGACGACCCGGAAGUGUCCGUUUACGAGCUGGGUUGUGUUUUUAAAAAGGAAAUCAACAAACGUGUUUUUUAAUCGCGUUUUCAUGUCGUUUCACUGCAGACAUGCCUCGGUACUGCGCUGUGAGAGUGUGCAGAAACCGCGGGGGAACUGCAUCUCGACAGGACAACAAGAGAAUUAGCUUCUACCCCUUUCCUUUGCAAGACCAGUCCAGGCUUCAGAGAUGGGUGGACAACAUGAAGCGGGAGGAGUGGACCCCGAGUCGACAUCAGUACCUGUGCAGCGAACAUUUUACAGAGGACUGCUUCGAUGUUCGAUGGGGCAUCCGCUACCUGAAGAACACCGCCAUCCCGACCAUGUUUCCCUCCUCUCAGGAUGAUGGUGAGAAUAAAGUUGUAAUCAUUAAUAGAAGACCCAAGUCCAAACCCGCGACUAUUGACAUCGAGUCGACAGGAUUUGACUCUCCUCUCAGCAAGAGGCCGCUCAUUUUGAGCAGAACUUGUAGAAUUGUCCAGCUGGGUACAACAAACUGCGUCGUUGCCAAAGACCCAGAGGGGCUAUUUGAACUUCCUCUGGUGUCGGACACCGGGAUCUCCCGUCAUUCAGAUAUCUUCGAGAUGCAGACGGCUCCAUGUGGGUUACCAGGUGACAGUGGGAGGCCAACUGUGUCCUGCCUUGCACUGUCCUCGUGCAACGAGCCCCGUCCUAAAGUGCAGACGGACUCUAUUGGGACCGAGCUGUGCUGUGAGUCACUGGGUCUUUCCUCGGAUGGAGAAGAAAACGUGGACGCAGCGCUGGGCCACCAGACGUACAGCUUUGUCCCCAUCAGAAUGGUCACGAACGAGCCCACGGCCUCCUUUUUGGAGGAGAGGGGACCCUGCGAGGGAGAGCACAUUUCUGUUUACGAGCACUCGUACUGCAGAUCGGACACGGAGGGCAAUCGGCUUUGGCGUAAGAUCUUGAGUUUGCAUGCAAAGAUCUUGGAACUGGAUCACCGAGAGGAGAGCACCUUGGCCAAAGUCCGUGCGCUGGAGACUGAGGUGGCCCUCCUGAAGAGAGACGGCGCUGUGUUCAAAAAGAAGCAGAACACUUUGGAAGAUCACACAUCUUCGACGUUGCGCUGAUUUUUCAAGCGCCGGAUUCUGAACCGGCGACUGUGGCUCGGUGAUGGAGCAGGGUCGUCCUUCAAUCGGAGGAUCGGCGGUUCGAUUCCCCGGCUCCGCUAAACCAUGUCGAUCUGUCCUUCGGCAAGACACUUUGCUCCCGUAGCUGUGCCGACGGUGUUUGAGCGUUGUAUGAAUGCGAGUUUGUGGACUGAUGGGCAGGUGGCACCUUCAGGGUUCGUACGGUCAUGGAAAACCUGGAAAAGUCAUGGAAUUUUAAAAUGGUCAUUUCCAGUCCUGGAAAAGUCAUGGAAAAAACUUAAAUCAUCAAAGUUUUGGAAAAGUCAUGGAAAUUUGUUAUAAGCACAUGUUCAUUUACGCCGAAUUUGAAAUAAUUAAUAUAUUUUUUUAAAGAAAGACGCUCAAAAUAUAAGCCGGUGUACGCUCUCAAUACGCAACAUUUUCUAAAUUGUUCAUGUUUAUACCGAGAUUUCAGUUUGGUCAUGGAAAUUUGGUUUAAAGUCCUGGAAAAGUCCUGGAAAUCCAUUGGUCAAAAUGUGUAAGAACCCUGACCUUGAAUGGCAGCCCCUCCCUUCAGUGUGUAAACGGGUGAAUGACGAAAUGUAGUGUUACAUUGCUUUGAUUGGUCGGAAAACUAAAAACUCCGGUUUGAACUAGUGGGAGUGGAGAGAUUUGUUAACAUUGACUUGCUUGCUGCAACGUUGCACAAAACGAGUCCUAUAAAACUCUUUGUUCUGCAAUAUUGCUCUCAUGUCCGUGUUGGUCCACAUGCUGGCCCUGAUGACCAUCUUCAAUGAAGCCUUGCUUGUUGCUGUGCUUCACUGAUGCAUAAUCACAUGUUUACAGUUGCCAUUAUUGGAUCUCAAUUGUGAUCAAUACAUUAUCACAGCGUAUUAAUGAUUCACGAUGAAUUGUAUUGAUUUCCUCUUAAGCUCUGGUAUUUACUUGACUGGAACAGCUGCUGUCGGCUCUGUUUAAUCACAUCAAAUCCAUUCUCGACUGUCCUCGAACCACCUCAUUCAGACGUGUAAUGACCCUGACUUUGUUCCCUUGCAGUAAUAUCCAUGUGUGCGGAGGCUCAUUUUGAUUCUGUGCGGCCCUUGGUUGGUGAAACCAGCCUCUCAUUCUGGGAGGUCUCCUGCCGGCCCAAAGAGAUUCUGCUUUACAGAAAAAAUCCUCUAUGGAUUUAUUUUGCAGUCCAAUAAAGUGAAUCAUAAAUGUGCGUCUUUCAGCAGGGGGCUGUGUUUGUGUCCACUCGGUCCUGGGUAGCAUUUACAGAAAUAUACAAAAAAAUGUAUCAAACAUGUCAGUGGACGAUGUAUUUAUGUUUCUCUGUCUAUGUGAAAGACAUUUCAGCUUCA